UUCUUUGCUCUCGUGUCUUACCCACCGAUAUGCGAUGCAGAAACUACACUUCUCCUUCGUCAUGCCAUCUCAGACUGAUGAUUAAAUAAAAAUUAAUAUUUUUUAUAUUAUUACAACUAAAAUAGAAUUCGGAAAAAAAAAGAGGAGAAAAACAAUUUAAUUCUUUUUUCGGUGAGAUUUGUGAAUCCAAGGAAGGAAUCUCUGAUCGUGUCUGGGAGUGUGAGGAAGACGAAUUAAAUACGAAAAAAUAAUAAAUGAAUUUUGCUUUUUGAGGAUUCCUAAAUCGAUUCGUUUUUCGACAUUUUUGAUUGAAAUUCGAGUUGAAAGAAGCGGUAGAAUUGGAUUCCUUUUCGUGUUAAGAGAAGAGAGGAAAUGGCGGUGUCGACGAUGAAUGAUUGGUUUAACCAGAAGAUCCUCGAUCCUUUCUAUCAAAUUCUCAGCAGGGGUAUGGAGCCAAAGCAACUGGCAUUCUCUGCAGCUCUUGGGAUUACUCUGGGAAUAUUUCCAAUAUGUGGAGUCACUGUUCUGCUGUGUGGGAUAGCUAUUGCAUUGCUUGGGUCUCUGUGCCAUGCUCCAACUGUUAUGUUAGCUAAUUUUGUGGCAACACCCAUAGAGUUGAGUCUUGUUGUACCCUUCUUGCGCUUUGGUGAAGUUAUCUCUGGUGGACCUCAUUUUCCUUUGACAUCCGAAGCUUUGAAGAAGGUGUUGACAGGCCAAGCUUCUCAUGAGGUCUUGUUAAGCAUUGCCCAUGCGUUACUGGGAUGGCUUGUUGCAUCACCCUUGUUUUUGGCUGCACUCUACAUAAUAUUCUUUCCAUUUUUCAAGAUCUUGGUCCGCAAGUUCGGCUCUGUUUCAUUAACCCCAAGUAAAUCACCCAACCUUUUUACAGAAAUCAGGCUUAAGGUAAGGGAUGUUUGAUCUACAUUGUAUAAGCACUCAUCUGCUUUGCUCAUCUUCCUGACAAGGAAUGAUAGGCGAUUAACAUAAUGAUACAUCAUGUACAUAAAACAUUCCAAAAUGUGGCUUGUAUAUAAAUGUUACCUUGUUAUAUUCCAUUCUUUCCCUGUUGGAUUUAUGAUUUGUGGAAUCUCAGAGGAUUCUAAUUCUUUUCA